AUGACGUUAUCAACCACGCAAAUAUUAUCGUCACUUAAGGAUUACUCCCAAUGCAACGAUGAGCUUGUGGUAGAAAUUAAGUGUACCAUUUUGGAACCUUUCCAGCCCGAUCUAUCACGUAUCCAAGCAGGUCAGCGCAUCGUCAAACCCACACGAGCCGAAUUCAAAGCCAUGACCACGAAACUCGCACCUCUCGCCAUGCGCAUCGUUAAUCAAUCCAUUGAAUCGUUACGAGAUCUGAAACAAAAAGAAACCAACAAAAAGGAGACACUCACAGAGAGCAGCAGGAAAACGGCGAUACGAUGCCUGAUCGAUUCUGCAUCUUAUUCCAUUGCUGGCCUGAAGCACAUGAGCGCAAGCACAACUCUCAAACCAUUGGAUAUUGAAAAGACAAUGUCUAACUUAAUUUGCAAGAUUGUCGAUCUUGGAGAGUAUACUCGUGCUUUAGAUGAACUGACCAAGCUGCGAUCAAGUUUGGCUAACACCAUCAAUAUAUCUACUGAGAAUGUACGUACUCAAUCGAUAUCGACAACGACAGCGACAAAGGCGGGUAUGUCACCGGUGAAGCCAUCCAAAGGGAACUUAUCGGCAAGCUCAUCACCACGACGAGGCUUCCUCACAGAAUCACCCAACAGAUUAUCCGACGUUGAAAUGGCCAGCUCACCAUGGGAAGAUAGCAUGUUGCAGAAGUACGGCGAUCUAUUUACCCUUUCAUUGGACACUACCAUCAAUGACACAACGACAGUCUUACUUGUAUUGGCAUAUCAAAUGAAUGCCAUCCGAUCAUGGACUGAUGUUGCUGACAGCUCCUUGGUACCGCAUUUGCCAAAGCUGUUGGAUCGUUCUGGAAACUAUCUGGACUGGUGUCGGCAUUUGAUGACUUUGGAUCCAACUCUUGCACGGAAGCAAUUUGGAUCUUUGCACAGGCAAUUAUGCAAAGCGGCUUCGAAAGCACCUCUCUCAGGUAGAUUUAUUUUGUUCCAUAUUUAUCUCUGCCUUUGUUUGUCCUGGAAAUUUUCACUGAUAAAUUGCCCAAUAGACAUAGGAUCUGGAAAAUCAUUUGCUUUGCAGGCCAUGGGCAUGGUUGCGUUAAGACACACCGACACCGUACCGAUCAAAUCACUAUGCAACCGCAUGGUCCAAAUUGGUGUUUCUUACGAAAGAUUACCUGGACGUUGUAUGUUUUUAAAGCAGUAA